AUGCCGUGCCUGCUUCUGAACCCCAUUGCCAGCCUGGAGGUGCCGCAUAACGCCAUCAUGCCCAUUGCGCUGUGGCCCUCCACGCCCACGCCGAAAGCUGAGGCUUACGCGCUGCACAGCGACGGGAAGUGCUGGCCAUUGCUUCUGAACGCGCCCCAGAACGAGAACGGGCCAGAUCAGGGACCAGCAACCGUUCUGUUCGAGAUCGAGGACCAUCGUGCAGACGGGCCGGCGGGGAAGAGUUCGUUUUUCGACCGACAGAGCAGUCAACUUGUGAAAGUGAAGAACACGUUCAUCGAUGGGUUCUUUGAUGACGAGGACCAGAUCGACGGUCUGGCUGUGGCCGCCUGCAAGAGCUGGUGCGUCGGCGUCAGGCGGCAGGGCUCUGCGUCUUUGUCUUGCGGCAGCACGUCUGACGGGGAGAGUCUGACGGCGCCGUCAUCACUGAAAGGCUCUGUGCAGCUGGGCCUCUCGGCGGAGCCGCCGAGCCCGCCCCCGAGCCUGCCGAGCACAAUACGGCAGCCGCAAGCCUCCGCGGGAGCUGAUCUCCACGGCACUGGAAGGUGCAG